UCCAGGCGGCACAGUGACGACCGAGUCCGCUAUGGAAUAUUCAAAUCGAUAUUGAUUUCUAUUUUAGUUAUUAGCUUCUAUAUGUUGUGGCAUGCCAUGCUGUGGCGGAUGAGGGGAACCCGUGAAGGUAUCACGCGUGAUGGGGGCGACGUGAGACCAGAAUGCUGAUGCCAGUAUGAUGCUCCAAAUGUGUGAGCUGCAAGAUGGCAGCAGCCUUUGACGGUGAUCAAAUAUCUCUUCCGCGCCAAUAUCCUCGGGUAAAGCACCGUCAUGGAUUUUUGCAAUGAAAGCCUGUUGGAGGGGUGCGACCUCAUGGAGCCGGAUGACGUCAUUGAAACGGCAAAAAGCCCCCCAUCCGAUGCCGGGGCUCCUCUCAUAUCAGUCACGUUGCGUGUGACUUUGGCUGCCGUCAUGAUCUUCAUGAUCACCAUCGGUUUCCUGGGCAACUCCAUCGUGUGCCUGAUUGUCUACCAGAAGCCGGCCAUGCGCUCUGCCAUCAACCUCCUCCUCGCCACCCUGGCCUUCUCGGACAUCAUGCUGUCGCUCCUCUGCAUGCCCUUCACUGCCGCCACACUAGGGAGCAGCGACUGGAGCCUCGGGACUGGAUUCUGCCGUGCCUCCAUCAUGCUCUACUGGCUCUUUGUCUUGGAGGGCGUGUCCAUACUCCUCAUCAUCAGCGUGGAUCGCUUCCUCAUCAUCGUACAGCGCCAGGAUAAAUUGACGCCACACAGAGCUAAGGUCUUGAUUGGAGGUUCAUGGCUGUUGAGUUUAUGCAUCUCCUUGCCCUCUGUCGUGGGCUGGAGGACAGGCGCUGCGGACAUAGGGGACGCCUGGGCACCGCAGUGCGUUCUGGGUUACAGUGAGUCCGCGGCUGACCGAGCCUAUGCUGUCCUCUUAGCGGCGGCGGUCUUCUUUGCUCCCUUUUCCGUCAUGCUCUACUCUUACUUGUGCAUCCUCAACACGGUACGCCACAAUACCCUGCGCGUCCACAGCCACGGCAGCGAGCCCUCUUGCCUGCCGGCUCUCAACCAGGUCAGCAAAAGGAGACUCAUCGGGCUGCAGAGACACCCCCACAUUAAAGUGGACAUGAGCUUCAAGACCAGGGCCUUCACCACCAUCCUCAUCCUCUUUGUGGGCUUCUCGGCAUGCUGGCUGCCGUACACUGUGGUGAGCCUGCUGGCCGUCUUCAGCCGCCGCUUCUACUACAGCCCGGCCUUCUAUCCCAUCAGCAUAGGCGCCCUGUGGCUCAGCUACUUGAAGACAGUUUUCAACCCCAUCAUCUACUGCUGGAGGAUCCGAAAGUUCCGAGAGGCCUGUCAGGAGUUCGUCCCGAAGAGCUGCCGCCUGUGCCCGAGGGUGGCGGGACGGAGCAGAAGGAGGGUGCGACCCAGCAACAUUUACAUCUGCAGCGAGACACAGUCUGCUGUGUGAAA